AUGCAUGAUUCCAAAAGUCUCGUGAAAAAAGCUACCCGAAAAGCAUUUGCAGGAUCAAUUCAAGAGGGAUCUAAUCUGCUCAGAAAUUUUCAUUCGCUAUUGAGCAUUCCUAAGCGGAAGAGAGAUCUAGAAACAUGGAAGCAGGAGAGAAACUCGGCGGGAAAUAACACAGAUUCGUCAUCGCAUGUAUCUCAUGAAGAUUCGCCAGAUGAAAGUUGUCAGCAAUCAGAGUCACAAAGCGAAUUUGGUACGCAGCUGAUGUUGGUCAAUUCCUCGGAUUCCUGUUCAUCCUAUGAAGGUAGCAAUUCAUGUGUUUCUCCUGUCGUUGGUCAACACUUUUGUCAAAAAGAGUCCUCAGCCCAUAUACGAACAUUUGUUAAUGUUCAGAACUCUAAAAAAUCGCAAUUCUCUUCAAAAUAUGAUAAGGCCAAUUGUUCUUCUAGCACGUUAAGCGUUCAAACCAUUUCCGAGAAGCCAGUACUACCGAGCCCUCCGUGGAAUGCUUCGUCGUUGACUUUGGGACGUGAAGAUGAGCUGCUUCUAGCAAGGUCAAGAGGACUCAGAAGACAACCAAGUGGUUUUAAGAAAGAUCAUGUGUUUCAUCCACCACCUAAGAAUAAACUUAGAAGAAUACACUCCAUGUAUGCCUCCAAAACUGAAGUUUCGGCUGAUUAUCGUAAUGCUGAAAUUGAACCUGAGGAAGAAAGUUCUGCGACUCAAGGACGGGUAUACGAUUCGUAUCUACCUGCAAGCGGCAUUUCCCAUUACUACAGCGAAAGUAGCGACGAUAACCUACCUAGAAUUCAGGUAGAUACCCUUGUUCGGAUUUUAAAUGGAAGCUUUCAAGAUCAUUAUGAUAAAAUUCAUUUAGUUGAUUGUCGAUUUGAAUAUGAAUUUCAAGGCGGCCAUAUUCAGGGCGCCAUCAAUAUAUCCUCACAGAAGGAUCUUGAAUCAGAAUUCAUCUACAAACGCAGCGAGCAUUGUAAAGGUGACAAACCUCCUCUGGUAAUAUUUCAUUGCGAGUUCAGUUCUUAUCGGUGUCCAAUCAUUGCCUCGCAUCUGCGCAGCUGUGAUCGUGUGUUAAAUUAUGACACGUACCCAAAACUGUAUUAUCCAGAUAUUUUGAUUUUGGAAGGGGGAUACAAAACAUUUUUUGAGAGGUGUAGUUACCUCUGCUUUCCCCGCCGUUAUGUUGGCAUGAAUUCUGAAGAACACGUUGAUAAGUGCGAGACCGAGAUGGAGAAGUUUAGGAGAGAUGUGAAACGCGUUGUUACACGAGCUAAUUCAUUUCACGUUCUUAACAAGAGCAGCUCCUCAGGGCCUGUACCAACAGUGGGCAGAUUGAAAUCUCGAAGCCAAUCUCAAUUCCAAAUGAAGAAAAAGUCCCACAAUGAGGACUCUUCACAUAAUAUAGCAGAAAGCUCACUUUCCUUUCGAUAUGAAGCCCCACCAAAACUUUCAUUAUCAAGGUGCAGUGUAGGCAGCAGUAGCCCCAGUAGCAGUACUGCCAGUAGUCGUCUUCUUCUUGAAGAUGAGCUGGAAGGAGAAUUUGGAAGCCCUCUUCUUGAUGAUGUUAGUGACACUGAAGCAAGAGCUAUGUUUAGAGGAUGUGAUGAUUCGGAUUCCAUAUUAACUAUGGAUGGUGUGAAGCGCUCUUUAUUUCAAUCGAUUUUGAAAGAGGAAGAUCAUGAAAGCCCAUUCGGUCAUGCCGAAUAA